UCCAUCUGUAAAAACUUCUAUUCUCAUGCAUUAAAAUUAAGUAGAGGGGAAAGGAAACACAAACCAAGUCUGAGAGAUGCAUGGAAUGAGAAGGGUCUCCAGGUGAAGUGACAAAGAAAGAGUUCUAUCUAAGAUGGGUAAUUACAAGUUCAGGUUCUCAGAUAUGAUACCAAAUGCCUGGUUUUACAAGCUCAAAGACAUGAGCAAAACCCGAAAACGUUACAGCUCUCACCCCCUGAAGAAGAACAACCCCUCAUCAUCUUCAACGUCACAAAAACCCCACAAUUCUAAGCCAAGAUACUCCUAUUACUUCACCAACGAACCUUUCAAAGCUGGCGGAUUCCACAAUUCACCUGUAAGUAUUGAAGCCUCGGGCAGUCGUUUUUCUGAUCCACCAAGAAAAUCAUUGAAGAGAAGAGACAGAAGAAGAACCGUUUACAAGCCUUCUCCCAGAGUCGUCUCCUCUGUCUCUGCUGGUUUUAGCUGUCAUGCCAUACUUAACUCAGUCCCGACCAACUCUACUCUUACUCAGUCUCCUGACUAUUCUCUUUCUCCAUUCGAAAGUUCCCCUGAACCCGAGUCUCUCCUAUCAGACUCAGAGGAUGAUGACUUUUUCGCUUCUCCUCAGUCAUACAAUCUGCCAGGCUCAUACUCGAAUUCUUACAACUGUAAACUUAGUUCUUCAACUAAUGAUAUCAUCAUCGACAUGAGUAACGAGUCUUAUACGAGGAAAUUCGACAAGGUAGAUGGACUUGACGCAAUUUCUGAACUAGAGCUUCCUCCAAUAUUGACAAAGCGACCAAAGUCCAAUCAAAAGGCAGAUGAAGUCACCAAGUUGAUGAGGUGUUCAUCUAGAUUAGAGGAGAUUAAAGCACGCCGAUCUCUUUCUGUCAAAAUUGUUAAAGAAGAGAGCAUUACGACUCAACAAGAGCCAAGGAAUUGUCCUCUUGUCAGAAAAUCAUUUGCUAAUUCUCCUGGAAUAAAGCUUCGGGCAAAUUCUCCAAAAAUUGCUAGCAAGAAGAUUCAAGCGUGUGCGAGAAAGAGCAUGUCACAAAGUACGUACUUAAAGUCUAGGAAUAGAAGCAUUGCAGAAAGUUUUGCAGUCGUCAAGUUUUCGCUUGAUCCACAAAGAGACUUCAGGGAUUCAAUGGUUGAGAUGAUUGUGGAGAAUAACAUCCGGGCAUCGAAGGAUUUGGAAGAUCUACUUGCUUGUUAUCUUUCACUCAAUUCUAAUCAAUACCAUGAUAUUAUCAUUAAGGCCUUCGAGCAAAUCUGGCUUGAUAUGACUAGCCUACGCUUGUAAAAUUCCUAGAUUAAUAUCAUUGCAUUUUGUUGACUUCUCUGUUUUCAACUUUUUUUUUUCUCAUUUUUAACUUAUGUUGAUUACUUUCAGUAUUCUGAUUAAGCAGGAUUAUCAAUAUUUACAGGUAAAUUCGCAAAUGAUGAUG